GCGUUGUGGCUGGCUGCUGCCUAGGGAUUCAGUGAGAAGUGUGCCCAGGUUGUGCCCAGGUCGUUGGUGGCUGCAGUGAAGCUGCCAGCGCUGUCCUCGCAGUGUCAGUGGGGACAGGCCCAUGCAGCCAUCGGGCUCCCUCAUGGAUGAAAGGAAAUUGUUUUUUUCCACAUUCCCACCCCUAACCCCUAGCAAUUGGAAGACUAAACAUUGCUGUUUUUUAUUGCCAGUGAUAAUUCAACUGCUAUUUUAACCUUUUUGAAUUUGGGAAGGCUCAUUCAUUGUCAAAUAGUGACAUGUGCUAGUUUUAACUUAUUUAAGUUUACACACACCCAGAGUGUUCCUCCUCUGCUCUGAGCCCAUUGCUCCGCUCGCUUGCCUGUCUGUGGGUAGGAUACAGAAUAAAAGGAGAUGGGGUUCAAGCGUCUGAAUUGUCUUACACCUGUCAUAUCUCAACUUUAUUUUGUAUGAGGAGACCCAUGUCUAAUGUUUUUAUUUUCUUCCAUUUCCAGGAGGGCUGCUGGCCCGCUGCUGUACUACUGAACAGUAUGCAGUCCUUCCGGGAGCAAAGCAGUUACCACGGAAGCCAGCAGAGCUACCCACAGGAGGUACACGGCUCGUCCCGGAUAGAAGAGUUCAGUCCUCGCCAGGCCCAGAUGUUCCAGAAUUUUGGAGGUGCAGGUGGUGGUAGUAGUGGCAGUGGCAGUGGUGGUGGCCGUCGAGGAGCAGCAGCUGCUGCCGCAAUGGCUAGUGAGACCUCUGGCCAUCAAGGCUACCAGGGCUUUAGGAAAGAAGCUGGAGAGUUUUACUACAUGGCAGGCAACAAAGAGCCUGUGACAGCAGGAACCCCGCAGCCGUCUCAGCGAAGGCCUUCUGGGCCUGUGCAGAGCUACGGUCCGCCCCAGGGGAGCAGCUUUGGCAACCAGUAUGGGAGCGAGGGUCAUGUGGGCCAGUUUCAAGCGCAGCACUCCGCCCUGGGUGGUGUGUCUCAUUAUCAGCAGGAUUACACAGGGCCGUUUUCUCCAGGGAGUGCUCAGUACCAGCAGCAGGCUUCCAGCCAGCAGCAGCAGCAGCAGCAACAGCAACAGCAACAGCAACAGCAGCAGCAGCAGCAAGUACAGCAGUUGAGACAGCAGCUUUACCAGUCACAUCAGCCUCUGCCUCAAGCCUCCGGCCAGCCGCCGUCCAACUCGUCUCACCUGCAGCCCAUGCAGCGGCCCUCCACUCUGCCGUCCUCUGCUGCUGGUUACCAGUUAAGAGUGGGUCAGUUUGGCCAACACUACCAGUCCGCUGUCUCCUCCACCACCUCCUCCUCCUUUCCUUCACCACAGCGUUUCAGCCAGUCUGGACAGAGCUAUGAUGGCAGUUACAACGUGAAUGCUGGGUCUCAGUACGAAGGACAUAAUGUGGGGUCUAAUGCACAGGCUUAUGGAACACAGUCAAAUUACAGCUAUCAGCCUCAAUCCAUGAAAAAUUUUGAACAGACAAAGAUUCCACCAGGGGCCCAGCAGGGACAGCAGCAGGGACAGCAGCAGCAGCAGCAGCAGCAACAACAGCACCCAGCUCAGCAUGUGAUGCAGUACACCAAUACUGCCACCAAGCUGCCUCUACAAAGCCAGGUGGGGCAGUAUAGCCAGCCUGAGGUUCCUGUGAGGUCCCCCAUGCAGUUCCACCAGAACUUCAGCCCUAUUUCCAACCCUUCUCCAGCUGCCUCGGUGGUCCAGUCUCCAAGCUGCAGCUCUACCCCGUCUCCUCUCAUGCAGAGCGGAGAGAAUCUCCAGUGUGGGCAAGGCAGUGUGCCCAUGGGUUCCAGAAACAGAAUCCUACAGUUAAUGCCUCAGCUCAGUCCAACCCCAUCCAUGAUGCCCAGUCCCAAUUCUCAUGCUGCAGGCCUGAAAGGAUUUGGCCUGGAAGGUGUGCCAGAAAAACGACUCACAGACCCAGGGUUGAGUAGUCUGAGUGCUCUGAGUACUCAAGUGGCCAAUCUUCCUAACACUGUCCAGCACAUGUUGCUCUCAGAUGCCCUGACGCCUCAGAAGAAGACUUCCAAGAGGCUCUCCUCGUCUUCUAAGAAAGCAGAUAGUUGUGCGAAUUCUGAGGGCUCCUCACAGCCUGAAGAACAGUUGAAGUCUCCGUUAGCAGAGUCGUUGGACGGAGGCUGUUCCAGCAGCUCAGAAGAUCAAGGUGAGAGAGUGAGGCAGCUGAGCGGCCAGAGCACCAGUUCUGACACCACUUACAAGGGAGGCACCUCGGAGAAGGCCAGUGCCUCCCCUGCACAGGGGGCUCAAAGUGAAGCCCCCAGACUCAGUGCGAGUCCUGCAGCCAGAGAUGAGGCCACCUCACCGGGUGCCAAGGACACAGCAUUGUCCUCCGAGGGGAACCCAAAAGUCAAUGAGAAGACAGUUGGGGUAAUUGUCUCCCGGGAAACCAUGACAAGUCGAGUGGAAAAGCCUGGUGGACAAGAGAAAGGCUGCUCCCAGGAGGAUGAUCCCGCAAGCAUGCAGAGGCCCCCUAGCAAUGGUGGGGCCAAGGAAGGCAGCCUCGCCCCUCUUCCGCAGCCAGAUGCGCCAGGAAGCGGGAACAAAGGGAACAAGAAUGGAGACAGCAACUCCAACCACAAUGGAGAAGGAAAUGGCCAGGCUGGCCACACUGCAGUGGGGCCUGCAUUUACAAGCAGGACCGAGCCUAGCAAGUCUCCUGGAAGUGUACGCUACAGUUACAAAGACAGUUUUGGGUCUGCCGUACCACGAAAUGUCAGCAGCUUCCCUCAGUUUCCUACAGGGCAAGAAAAGGGAGAUUUCACUGGCCACGGGGAACGGAAGGGUAGAAACGAGAAGUUCCCUAGCCUUCUGCAGGAAGUACUGCAGGGUUACCACCACCACCCGGACAGGAGAUAUUCUAGGAGUGCUCAGGAGCACCAGGGGAUGGCUGCCGGGCUGGAAGGAGCCUCGAGGCCCAAUGUCUUAGUCAGUCAGACCAAUGAAUUAGCAAGCAGGGGUCUUCUGAACAAAAGCAUUGGAUCCCUAUUAGAAAACCCCCACUGGGGCCCCUGGGAGAGGAAAUCUGGCAGCACAGCUCCCGAACUGAAGCAGAUCAAUUUGGCUGACUAUCCAGUUCCCAGGAAGUUUGAAAUAGAGCCUCAGUCAUCAGCUCAUGAGCCCGGGGGCUCCCUCUCUGAAAGAAGAUCAGUGAUCUGUGACAUUUCUCCACUAAGACAGAUUGUCAGGGACCCGGGGGCUCACUCCCUGGGACACAUGGGUGCCGACACCAGAAUCGGGAGAAAUGAACGUCUGAACCCAAACUUAAGUCAGUCCGUCAUUCUUCCAGGUGGGUUGGUGUCCAUGGAAGCAAAGCUGAAAUCCCAGAGUGGGCAGAUAAAAGAAGAAGACUUUGAACAGUCCAAAUCCCAAGCUAGUUUCAACAACAAGAAGUCUGGAGACCAUUGCCAUCCUAGCAGCCUCAAGCAUGAGUCUUUCCGUGGGAAUGCCAGCCCAGGGGCAGCGGCCCAUGAUUCCCUUUCAGACUACUGCCCGCAGGACAGCAGGCCCAUGCGCCGGGUCCCCGGCAGGGUUGGUGGCCGGGAAAGCAUGAGGGGUCGGUCUCCUUCUCAGUAUCAUGACUUUGCAGAAAAACUGAAGAUGUCUCCUGGGAGGAGCAGAGGUCCCGGGGGAGACCCUCAUCACAUGAGCCCACACAUGGCCUUCUCAGAGCGGGCCAACAGGAGUUCUCUGCACGCUCCGUUUGCUCCCAAUUCAGAAAGCCUGGCCUCUGCCUAUCACGUCAACACUCGGGCCCACGCCUACGGAGAGCCCGGUGCAGGUCUGAACUCACAGCUCCAUUACAAGAGGCAGAUGUACCAGCAGCAGGAGGAGUACAAGGACUGGAGCAGCAGCUCUGCUCAGGGCGUGAUUGCUGCAGCCCAGCAUCGGCAGGAAGGCCCGCGCAAGAGCCCGAGGCAGCAGCAGUUCCUUGACCGGGUGCGGAGCCCUCUGAAAAACGACAAGGAUGGCAUGAUGUACGGCCCCCCAGUAGGCACUUACCAUGACGCCGGCGCCCAGGAGGCCGGACGCUGCCUCCUGGCUGGGGACGGUCUGCCCAACAAAGGCCUGGACUUGAAGCACGGUUCCCAGAAGUUACAACAAGAGUCUUGCUGGGAUCUUUCUCGGCAGACCUCUCCAGCCAAAAGCAGUGGUCCUCCAGGAUUGUCCAAUCAGAAGAGGUAUGGGCCGCCCCAUGAGACUGAUGGGCACGGGCUGGCUGAGUCUGCCCAGCCAUCCAAACCUGGCAACAUGAUGCUACGGCUUCCAGGUCAGGAGGAUCAUUCCUCCCAAAACCCCUUAAUUAUGAGGAGACGGGUCCGUUCCUUUAUCUCUCCCAUUCCCAGUAAGAGACAGUCCCAAGACGUAAGGAGUAGUGGCGCUGAAGAUAAAGGGCGCCUCCUUCAUCCCCCAAGAGAAGGUGCUGACAAGGCAUUCAAUUCCUACGCCCAUCUUCCCCAUAGCCAGGACAUCAAGUCCAUCCCCAAGAGAGAUUCCGCCAAGGACCUUCCGAGUCCAGAGAGUAGAAACUGCCCUGCCGUUACCCUCACAAGCCCUGCCAAGACCAAAAUACUGCCCCCGCGGAAGGGCAGGGGAUUGAAAUUGGAAGCUAUAGUUCAGAAGAUCACAUCCCCCAACAUUCGGAGGAGUGCGUCCUCCAACAGUGCCGAGGCCGGGGGGGAUGCAGUCACGCUCGAUGACAUCCUGUCGCUGAAGAGCGGGCCCUCCGAAGGCGGGAGUGUGGCCAUCCAGGACGCCGAGCUGGAGAAGAGGAAAGGCGAGGUGGUGUCUGAGCUGGUGAGCCCAGCACACCAGGAUCUGAGCGCCGAGAAGCCUCUGGCACGGGCUCCGGAAGACUGGCGCGGCAGUGGUGAUGACAAAGUGAAGACCGAGACAAGGCCCGAGACAGCUCCUGCUGGGAAAGAACCCCCUGGUGCCAUGACCUCCGUGACCUCACAGAAGCCUGGGAGUAACCAAGGGCGACCAGAGGCCCCCCUGGGUGGGACUGCACCUUUAAUCUUUGCUGACUCUAAGAAUGUACCCCCAGGGGGUAUCCUGGCCCCUGAGACAAAACCCAAGGCAGAAGAGAAGGAGAAUGAGGCAAUGAUCUCCCCCAAACAGGAGAGCUUCCCUCCUAAGGGAUACUUCCCUUCGGGAAAAAAGAAGGGGCGACCCAUUGGUAGUGUGAACAAGCAGAAGAAGCAGCCGCCGCCGCCACCUCCACCCCCGCCGCCGCCGGUCCCAGAGGGCGCUGCGGAUGGAGAGCCAAAGCCGAAAAAGCAGCGGCAGCGGCGGGAGCGGAGGAAGCCAGGGGCCCAGCCCCGCAAGCGCAAGACCAAGCAGGCCGUGCCCAUCGUGGAGCCCCAGGAACCCGAGAUCAAACUCAAGUAUGCCACCCAGCCGCUGGACAAAACCGAUGCCAAGAACAAGUCCUUCUUCCCUUAUAUCCACGUCGUGAAUAAGUGUGAGCUCGGAGCUGUUUGUACAAUCAUCAAUGCCGAGGAAGAGGAGCAAACCAAAUUGGUGAGGGGUCGCAAGGGCCAGAGGUCACUGACCCCGCCACCCAGCAGCACUGAGAGCAAGGUGCUCCCGGCCUCUUCCUUCAUGCUGCAGGGGCCUGUUGUGACAGAGUCUGCCGUGAUGGGGCACCUGGUGUGCUGUCUCUGUGGGAAGUGGGCCAGUUACCGGAACAUGGGUGACCUCUUUGGACCUUUUUACCCACAAGAUUAUGCAGCCACUCUCCCGAAGAACCCGCCCCCUAAGAGGGCCGUGGAAAUGCAGAGCAAAGUGAAGGUACGGCACAAAAGCGCCUCGAACGGCUCCAAGACGGACACGGAGGAGGAGGAGGAGCAGCAGCAGCAGAAGGAGCAGAGGAGCCUGGCUGCGCACCCCAGGUUUAAGCGGCGUCACCGCUCGGAGGACUGUGGCGGGGGCCCUCGCUCCCUGUCCCGGGGGCUUCCUUGUAAAAAGGCCGCUGCAGAGGGCAGCAGCGAAAAGACUGUUUUGGACUCAAAGCCCUCCGUGCCCACCACUUCGGAAGGUGGCCCCGAGCUGGAGUUACAAAUCCCUGAACUACCUCUUGACAGCAAUGAAUUCUGGGUCCACGAGGGUUGUAUUCUCUGGGCAAAUGGCAUCUACCUGGUCUGCGGCAGGCUCUACGGCCUGCAGGAAGCGCUGGAAAUAGCCAGAGAGAUGAAAUGUUCUCGCUGCCAGGAGGCAGGUGCCACCUUGGGCUGCUACAACAAAGGCUGCUCCUUCCGCUACCAUUACCCAUGUGCCGUUGACGCAGAUUGUUUGCUACACGAGGAGAACUUCUCAGUGAGGUGCCCCAAGCACAAGGUGAGACUGUGGAGAUGAGAAGGUGGUGGAUGCUUGAGAUGGAUUGGAAAUCUUCCUACUGUGCAGC